UAUUUGACAGAUUGAUAAAGUCUAGUCUAUCUUCUUUCAGUUUUCCGUCCGCGAUUAGCCACUCCUAUCUCGGUAAUACUUAAUUAGUUUUAAUUUCUUAUAAAAAAAGCUGUCGCAAGAGAUGUAGUUUCGCGAUCUCAAAGACUAUUGUGGUGUAUUUUUAUGGGUUAAGUGUAAGAGUAGCAAGAACGUCACAAUGACGGGACGCUCGGGCCGUGGUGUGUUUGGCAAGCUGUUUUCCAAGAAGCAGAGUUCAAGAGAUGACCGUGUAACGGAGAUCGGUAUGCCUACAAACGUGGUACAGCACAUACACGUGAGUGUGAACUCAGAAACGGGCAUGAUAGAAGGUCUACCUUCAUCAUGGCUUCGACAACUCAACGCGCAGAUAUCGCCUGCCGAACAGAACGAGAACCCGAACGCAGCAAUCCAAGCUGUAGCCUUCCACAAUUUCCACGCUUUAAAAAAGGAACAGGCGGAAAAAGAGCCAUGCAAGCCUAUAGUGACAGAGGAAGCGAUCACAAAGGAAGGUUUGGAGAUGAAAAAGUUUUUAGCCAAGAAAAACGCUCACCAAAGUCAGGACUCCGAUAUUUCUAUAGGACAGAGUAGUGAAGAAGAUGUUGCACCUACUGAUAUGUCGCAACGGCAGACAAUGCCUGCAGCACCUAUUAAAAAUAGUCUUAAAAAGAAAGAUGCGAUGAUGGACCUCACAGCGGUUGUUGAGGAUCUUUCAUUAAUAGGUACAGAGCCCGAGGAGAGUCCAAUAUUGAGGAAGAAGGAGCUGAUGAAUGCCACGUUGACUGAUGAGGAAAUAUAUGAGGAAUUGCGAAGGAUUUGUAAUAAAGAUGACCCAUAUGUGAGGUUUGAGAGAAUCAAACAACUAGGAGCUGGAGCAUCAGGUGUGGUAUUCAUCGCGAUAGACAGCAAGGACAACUCGAGAGUCGCAAUCAAAGACAUAGACUUAACCAAGCAGUCCAAAAAAGAUUUAAUACUCAACGAAAUCAAUGUUCUCAAAGGCUUUAACCAUAAAAACCUGGUCAACUUCCUUGACUCGUUUUUAUGUUACGACCAUUUAUGGGUCGCAAUGGAGUUACUCGAUGGGGGAUCAUUAACAGAUGUUGUCACAGAAGUUGUUAUGAAGGAAGGUCAAAUUGCUGCAGUAUGCCGGGAGACUUUACAAGCUAUAGCGUUUCUGCACUCCAAAGGCACGAUUCAUAGGGACAUUAAAUCUGACAAUGUCUUACUAGCUAUGGAUGGGACUGUAAAAGUUACGGACUUCGGGUUUUGCGCAAACAUAGUCGGCGACGAAAAACGACAGACCAUGGUCGGUACCCCGUAUUGGAUGGCCCCAGAAGUUGUGACAAGAAAGCAGUAUGGUAAAAAAGUUGAUGUAUGGUCACUGGGUAUUAUGGCCAUAGAAAUGAUCGAGGGUGAACCUCCAUACAUGAAAGAAGCACCUUUGAGGGCGUUAUAUUUGAUCGCUGCCGUGGGCAGACCGAAGAUACCGAGAUGGGACAAACUGUCCCCAGAAUUCCAGGACUUUUUGGACAAAUGUCUGCAAGUCGAUGCGGAUGAGAGAGCAACAGCCGACGAACUCCUAGCUCAUCCAUUUUUAGAUUGCGCGAUGGAAUUGAGAACCCUAACGCCGUUAAUUAAGGCCGCACAAAAAAUUCUUCACAAGAAUUUCUCUGACUGAAGUUCGUAGACAUUCUGAUUUUUCUCUAUACCCACAUUUGAUUUUAAGCCCAUCGUGGCGUAAUAAUUUCGAAGAUUCCAUAAAUAUAGUGCCAAUUGACAGCGUGAUUCCUGUAUAGAAACAUUUUUAAGCUUCGCAUGCAGAAUGUAAAAAAAUGACGCAUGCUUACAAAUUCUUCAAAUGUUAGCAUAACCGCUGAGAGUGGAAAAAAUAAUUUGUUCAAAGUGUGACACAGUGUUAUAUCGUCGUGAUCAUGCUAGACCAGUUGUUCUUUUAGCUUUUCAUUCCUAA